AUGGAGAUGGAGGCAGGAGGAGCUCAAUCUCAACGCUACAACUACAACUACGACUACAAUCCCUGCUCUGUUAUCACCAGUGUGAUCCAGCUUUGUGAUACAAAGAUGGAAAAUCUUUUCCUUUAUGGAUUUCCUAGGGAACUGUGGGAAGUCAAUGUGCCUCCAGACCUUCUAGUGCCAACAUUGGGUAUUAACUUUGACAGAGACGGGAAGCAAAAUAAGGACAGGCUAUCCUUGGUUGCUAUGCACAGUGAUGCAUGGUUACUUUCUGUGGCUUCGUUUUUUGGUGCUAUAUUUGGGUUUGAUAAGGCUAACAGGAAGCAACUGUUUGAUAUGAUAAAUGAUCUUCCAACAAUAAAUGAGGUUGUUACAGGGAUGACCAAGAAGCAAGGAAAGGAAAAGUCAUCAGUUCCUAAUCAUAGCAAACCUAAAUCAAACUCUAAGGGUAAAGGGAGGGGUUCUAAACCUCAAGGUAAGUAUUCGAAAGCGAUGCAAUCAAAGGAUGAAGAUGAAGAUGAUUUAGAAGUGGACGAUGAAGAGGAGCAUGGAGAAACACUUUGUGGGACAUGUGGAUUGAACUAUGCAGGUGAAGCUUCUGAGUUCUCGAUUUGCUGUGACAAUUGUGACAAGUGGUUUCAUGGAAAAUGUGUGAAGAUUACUCCUGCUAGGGUUGAGGGUAUCAAGCGGUACAAAUGUCCAUCUUGGAGCAGCAAGAGAGCUCGACCUUGA